CGGCGCCGCCGCCCCCGGCCGGAGCGGCUGCCCCGCCCUACACCACUCGCCCGCCAGACCCGGACCGAGCCAGACCUCCGCUGUUCGCCGCGCGACCGCCACCCACCGUCCGUCGCCAUGUCCAACAACCGUGCCACCAAGUCCGGCUUCGCCGCCGAGGCCCAGAAGAAGAUUCUGAGCAAGUACAGUCCGGAGCUGGCCUCUGAGACGCUGGAGUGGAUCGCCCAGCUGACUGGCGAGAGCAUCAACACCUCCGGCGACACGGCCAACUUCUGGGAGACGCUCAAGGAUGGCAUCCUCCUCUGCAACCUGGUUAACCAGAUCCAGGCUGGCUCCGUCAAGAAGGUCCAGCAGAGCAAGAUGGCCUUCAAGUGCAUGGAGAACAUCAACAGCUUCCUGGCUGCGGCCAAGAACCUGGGCGUCACCUCUGACGAGCUCUUCCAGACGGUGGACCUCUGGGAGCAGCAGAACCUCCACUCUGUGGUCAUCUGCCUCCAGGCCCUCGGCCGGAAGGCGCCCAACUACGGAAAGCCCGGCCUGGGCCCCAAGGAGGCCGAGAAGAACACCCGCCAGUUCACCGAGGAGCAGCUCAACGCCGGCAAGAACACCAUCGGCCUGCAGAUGGGCAGCAACAAGGGCGCCACCCAGUCCGGCAUCAACUUCGGCAACACCCGGCACAUGUAGGCCGGCCCGCCGCGCGCGCGUGUGUGUAUUUAUCAGCAUUCCGUGGGGACGACCAGGGCCGAUCCGCUUAUUUAAAAGGCGCGCCGGGGUGCGGAGGGAGGGGAGGCGACGCCCGGCUGACCGGAGAACAAUCAGUGUGGGGAGAUGGCCGGUGGGGAGGGGGAGAGCGAGAGACAAAAUGCAUUUACCGUGCGUGUUACGUGGUGAGCGUGUGUCGCGCCGGGCGCCGCCGGUGUCAGGUAUGUGUGAUCGAACCGGGACCAGCGCAUCGGCGGAGCGCCCUCUUCUUGUGACCGGCUACCCUGUCCUUACCGUGCCUUCCUCUGUGGUGUUGAAAUUGUUUUUACAAUAAACGUCUAAUUGUACA